CUGACAAGUUUUGCAAUUUUAAUAUAUAAAAAGUGGGCGAAGAACGAUAUUAUGCAGUUCAUCGCUAAAAUGGCAAGAAUAAGGGAUUUCGUUUUAUCAGCGUUCCUAAUUACCUUCCAGGUCUACCAUGGAAACGGCCAAUUUAUCCCCCAAUCAACCACCGUAACAUCAUCCUCCAUAGGGCCACCUACAGGCCAGUUCAUCCUCCCAGCGGUCAUUGAACCCUGCGUGAGGCCCUGCUCCACUCCAAACCCUUAUCCACCAUGCCCGAACUACAACGACUUCUACAUCCCACCGCCUCAACCACAACAAAUUAUAAUUUUAGAUGACGGCAACAACAGAAACAAGAACGGAAUUGAUGAUAUCCUACUCCUCUUUAUCUUAGCUUCUAAGAAUAGAAGGGGUGGGGGUCUGUUCGGUGGUGGUUGCGGCGGGGGGUGUGGAAACUACGGAUGUGGGGGGUGCUCCGGGGGCUGCGAGGGGGGGUGCUACAGCGGCAACCAGCCGGCGUCGCCGAUCACGUUGGUAAUUUCGUCCGCCGCGGGCGACGCCGACACUAGUUAGUUUUUGUUAAAUAAAUGUUGACUUAUU